AUGCCAGAACAAAGAGAAAAUCACAGCAUGGAAUUAUUCGAUGACAAUUUGUUGAUAGUUGGUGGAAGUACAACUGGCAAUAGGAAGCGUCGCCACAGCAGUGUCAUACUGUACAAUAUAAAGAAGAAUGAGCUAAAACAGUUGUCACCAUUGCCAUAUGAAGUGAGUGAUAUGGCAACUGUGAGAUGGGAAGACAGCAUCAUUGUUAUUGGUGGCAUUGGCAAACAAGCCAAGACAUUGGAUACAGUUAUCAUGUACAAUGUCAAGACGGAAGAAAGUAUCAUGUUGCCAUCAAUGAUUUGUGGGAGGUGGGGAUGUACAGCAGUUGUUAUCAAGAACAACAUUGUAGUCCUUGGAGGAAGGAGUGACCAAGGGCAACUAAAGUCAGUUGAAGGUUUCAAUUUUGAAAGGUAUUCUUGGGAAGAACUACCAGAAAUGUCUGAGGCAAGAUAUGCACACACUGCUGUUGUUGUAUGA